UUUCUGACCAACCACGCCUCCACCACCUUCAAACGAACACACACCCACAAACAAAACAGUCGCGGUCCCCAAACCCUCCCCGCCCCCAUUGUCAUUCUCUGGACUGUCCGGGCUCGAACGUGAUUCUCGAGGCGCUCUGAUUUACCCCAAAAAACUGGGACGUGCGGUAUCGAUGCGUGAUGGGGAUGCGGUGAUGCAUGAAUGAGACGACGCACGCGGCGGGUUGAACCUUGAUGGGCGGAAAUCGGGGAUCUGUGUGAGUCCGCGCAGGAAGGCGAGGAGGACCACGAUGGCUCCGAUGAAGACGGCGAUCUUUUUGCUCGUGCACUGGGUGCUCCAGGGCACCGUGUGCCGCGACGUGACCCUCCCCCCCGGACCGCUGUUCCGCGUGGCUGGCUUCCCUCUCUCGCUGCCUUGUAGCGUGUCGGGGUUCGAAGGCUCGCGCACGCAGGAGUUCGAGUGGUUCCUUUACAGAGACAAUGCCGGCGGAAGGCAGCUGGGAGUGGUGUCCACCAGGGACAAAGGCUUUCCUUACACCCCGUUCCAGAGCCGGGUCAGGAACGGGGAGGUGAGAGUGGAGAGGGACUCGGGGGACAAGGUCCGACUGGUGAUGCAGAGGCUGCGGGCUGAAGACCAGGGCAAGUACGAGUGCUACACCCCGAGCACGGACAGCACCUACCAGGGAAACUACAGCGCAACAAUCGCUGUGAAAGUGAUUCCUGACACCCUCCAGAUCAGCUACACCCGCUCCCUCACGGGCCAGCCUGUGCCCGAGGGGGCGGAGCUAACCCUCACCUGCUCUGCCAACAUCCAGUCGCAGCAGCUCACGCAUCUCUCCAUCACCUUUGGGAAGAGGGGCGGAGUGGAGGGCUCAAGCGGCGCAGGCGGCGGCGCCGGUGAGGAGGUCAGCACCACCCGGGAGAUCAUCUCCAUCGAUAAGCUCCUGGGGGUGGUGCCCGGCCGCUCCUACAAGAAGCGCUACGACGACGGGGAGAUCCGGCUGGAGAAGCGGAACGGGGAGGGCGGGCAGGGCGUGUACGUAAUGAGCAUGCUGGCGGUGAAGCCCGAGGACAGCGGCGCCUACUUCUGCGAGGCCUCACAGUGGAUCCGUGAUCCUGAUCGGUCGUGGCAGAAGAUCGCCCAGAGGACGCUGGACAUCGGGAAUUUGACCGUCCAGCAGUUAGCCGAGACUCUGAGUGUAGCAUCCUCUCCCAGAGGGGAGGUGACCCUCCAGGUUGGCUCCCCUCUCAUCCUGACCUGUGAGGUUCUGGGGCUGCCCCCAGAGGUAAAUUCAGGGCUGCUGGUUCAGUGGAUGAGAAGAGGAUCCGUGAGCGGCGAUGCAGUCAGUAGUGGAGGUGUUGAGGUUGAGGUGGCCCGCAUGAGCCCGGAUGGUAUCGUGAGCUGGGGGGACGACAUCAGCAGAGCCGACGGUGGCUCCAUGGAGAAAGUGUCAGAGGGGAAGUUCUCCCUGAAGCUGUUCUCGGCCAGGCCCGCCGACUCCGGCGUGUACCGUUGUGUGGUGAGUGUGUAUGCUGGAAGGAGAAAUCCGGGCCUGUCCACACCCGCAACCAUCACCCAGAAGUCAGAGGGGGUCACUGUCAACCUGAAGACCAAAGACAUUCUGAUUUCGGCCGUGGCUCAGAUCCCCCACGGCCCUCUGCUCAAGCGGGGCAGCACCGUCACUUUGCUCUGCAAUGCCACUGUAAGAACCUCAGGGUCCGCCCAGGCUCAGAUCCAGUGGUUCCGGAGGCCGAUGCCCGAACCGGUACUGACUGAGUCCGAAAGCAGUCUGCUGGAACCUGCUGAUGUGGAAAAGCCCACACUGAUGGCUGCCCUCAUGUACAGUGGUGUGGCAAAAAUCUACACCAACAGCAGCGAGAUCAGCGUGGACCGCCUGUCGGCCGUCACUUACAGACUGAGGAUCCACUCGGCCGCGAUGGAGGACCAGGGUGUGUACUCGUGCCACGCUGAAGCAUGGGGGCAGGACCCGCAUGGAGGCUGGUACAACACUGGGGCCAAAGCAGAGUCAAAUGCAGUGACUGUUUACCUGUACGCAAGAGCUGCUGACCUCCUCCUCAUCCCUUUGGUGGUGGGAGUCUCGUCCGCUCUCUUCGUCUGCAUCCUCAUCAUCAGCACUGUGACCUGCUGCUUCAUGAGCCGCCUGGCCAAACAACGGGCUCGCAAAUAGAGGCGGCUGAUCGCUCUUUCAGAGGGCAGAAACGUUUAACAUCAGAGGAUCCUUUGGACCUACAGUCUUACCAAUAAUGCCAAAAAGUGAAUUCUCUUGUAUUUUUAUAUGCAAACGUUACAGUUUGGUGGUCAGGCCCACAAGCCUAGAUGCUUCACACCCUCUAUGGACUUUUGCAGUUUGAUUCAAGUCUGUACAUCUCUGUAAGUCCCGCAAAAGUUUACUUGAUGAUGUUCAGUGUGUGGAUCAUAAUUUAUAAUGCAAGAAUGUUUGUUUUUUGUACGAUUGAAAUUGUCUCGUUUUUUUCCACAACAAGAAAGUUCCAACAAUGUUUGAUUAAAGCACUGAUGCUGACCGUCACAUGAAUGCUAACUGGAGCACUUUAGCCUCCAGGAACCUAACAUGAGCCACACAGUCCAUCCCCUGGAGUCUCUCUGCUUCUGCAGGCUCCCAGCACUCCUCAACCACACUGCAGUACAUUUUCCAUACGGAUGUGUAUGGAUUUGCUAAAUAUGUAAAUAAUUUGUGUUUUUUUUUCUUGAAGUGCUGUUGCACCACAUUUCUUUGAAAAGUUUUUAGCACUUGAAAAAAAAAAAAAAAAAAAAUUGGGACAAAAGGCCUUUAAUGUGAUCAUCUUCAGGCUUUUUUUAUUUUAUAUUUGUGAGAUUUAUUGCUUCCUGACUGUGGUUUUAAAGCUAAAAACACGAACAACUGUUUCGCUUUAAGCAUUUACUCUUCAGGCCUGGGGACUUCCUGAGACAGCCGGAUGACUGUUGGGUUAAAGGAGUCUGCUGAUUCUUUUCCCCGCUGUCGUCAUGUGAUCGAAGCAUCUCGUUUCAGCCCACAGAAAUCUUUACUUCUGGAAGCAACUUUUCGGUCUGUUUUUUUUUUGUCCUGAAAACAAAAAAAAGAGGAAAUCCCAUCCUGUCUGCUCCCUCUUAAUAAAUGUUCGCAGACACUUGAGAACUAAAGUUACAUCCUGCUUCCUGCUCUUCUGUGUUUCAGAUCCAACUUGAUCCCCCCCCCCAUCUCGUCUGACCACACAUGCACAAAAACAGCAGCAACGUGCCGUUUGAGCGCCGUUUCACAUGGAGGGGGGGGCAUGUGCGUGUCCAUUUUUAAUCCCUAUUUAUGGCUGCAGUGUAUUUUGCGUCCCUCCCCCCACACGGCUUACAUAUAAUUCACUUCAAUCUCUGCAGCAUGCAUGAGCGUUGCAUUACAGUCAGUCGGUGCUGCACAGGUUUAUCUGUGAAACCCUUUUACGAACGUCUUCUGUUGGUUUCUUUUUCUGUAAAUGCAGGGUUUGUUUUUAUCUCGUUUCGAUGGUGCUUUUAAAAACCUGCCGGCUUGUAAAAUAAAAAAUAAACCACUUUUUAAAUGUU